UUUGCUAUUAUUACAGUAGGUGCAUUAUCUUUCGUCAACAAUGUAAUAUUCUGUAUGAAAUGUUUGUGAGAUUUUUUGUGUAUUUGUGAUAUGUGAGGUGAUAAUUGACCACAGUUAUAAAAACUAGGAUUAUGGAGGAAUCUAGUGAGGAGGCAAACGUCGUUCCCGAACUCUACUUUCUGAUCGCGAAAUUUCUCUCUGGCGGCCCUCUGAAAGAGACUGCGAAGACUUUACUGAAAGAGCUCGAGCGAGUAGAGGUACUGCCCAGACGGCUCGACUGGGAGGGCAACGAACACACGCAGUCUUACGAUGAAUUGGCGGCACAACACAACGACAUGUCGUGGCGGCGGCUGGCGGCGGUGUGCGAGCGCGCGCUGCAGCUGGCCAGCAGCGGCGCCCUGGCCACCAAUGGCAACGCCAGCAGUACAGCAGUGGCCACCCCCGCCGGCGUGGCCAACGUGCCCAGUGUGGCCAGUACGGCCAGCGUGGCCAGUGAGCCGCAGAUGAGACUAAGAGCGCGCUUGUCUCUGCUCAGCGAGUCUCUGGUCAGACCAAAACCAAAGUACUCCAUACACAAGCCAGAUCAUUCUCUUGUGCGGAGACUGGUGAGACGCGAGCUGGGCGGCUGCGGGCGCGUGUUCCCCGCCCGGCUUCUCUCCGGCCUGCAGCUGCAGCGCCGCACGCUGGGACAUCUCUCCGCAGUCUACUGCCUCGUCUUCGACUGCACCGGACGAUACGUCGUCACUGGCGCGGACGACCUGCUGGUGAAGGUGUGGUGCGCGCUGGACGGGCGGCUGCUGAGCACUCUGCGGGGUGCGGGCGCUGAGAUCACUGACGUGUGCGUGUCUCCGGACGGCGCGCUGCUCGCCGCCGGCUCCGUGGAGCGCCUCGUGCGCGUCUGGUGCCUCGCCACCGGAGCCCCGCGCGCCGUGCUGCACGCGCACGCCGGCACCAUCACCUCCGUGCACUGGUCGGCGGCGGCGCACGGCGACGUGCGGUGGCUGGCCUCGACGUCGACGGACGGCUCGGUGGCGUUCUGGACGUGCGCCUCGGACGGACAGUUCCUGUCGCAGCCGGUGCAGUUCGUGGAGCGCAUGCGGCCCGGCGCCUGCCACAUGAUCUGCGCCGCGUGGUCCGCGGGCGGCGCCUUCCUCGCGGCCGGCAGCGCCGACCACCACGUGCGCAUCUACCACGUGGAGGCGGCGGGCCCGCGGCGGGUGCUGGAGCAGGCGGUGCACGGCGACGCGGUGGACUCGCUGGCGUGGGCGCACCGCGGGCUGCGGCUGGUGUCGGGCAGCAAGGACGGCAGCGCGGCGCUGUGGACGCUGCACGCGACGCAGUGGCGCCACCACCUGCUGCAGGACCACACCAAGCGCCUCAAGGUCACCAUGGUCUGCUGGGACCGCAGCGACGCCUACGUGAUGACCGCCGUCUCCGACAACACAGUGCGGGUGUGGUGUUCGCGCACAUACCGGCAGGUGCGAGUGCUGAGCGGACAUCGGGACGAGGCGUACGUGUUGGAGGCGCACCCCUUCCUGCCGCACGUGCUGCUCUCCGCAGGACAUGACGGACAACUGUUCGUGUGGGACGCGGAGGCGGGGGAGGUGCUGGCCAAGUUUCACAACCGCAUCGAGGGUCAAGGGGACGGCGCCAUCUUUGACGCGAAGUGGGGCACGGGCUGCAGCGUCGCGGCCUCCGACUCGCACGGCCAUCUGCUGCUGCUGGGCCUCGGCCUCGGGCACCGUCUGCUGCGGCAGCUGCCUCCGGAGCUGUUCUUCCACACUGACUACCGCCCGCUGGUGCGAGACGCGCUGGGCGGAGCGCUGGACGAGCAGACGGAGACGCCCCCGCACCUGAUGCCGCCGCCCUUCCUGGUGGACGUGGAGGGCGCUCCGCACGCGCCCGCGCUGCAGCGGCUGGUGCCGGGGCGGGAGCGGCUGGCGCUCCGCCCCGUGUUGCCGCGCGCCGCCCCCUCCGCCGCCCCCAGCGCGCCGCCCGCCCCGCUCGGGCCCUGGCGCGGGGAGGGCGUGCGGCACACCGCCGGCUCCUGGCAGAGGGACGAGGACCAUCUGCCGCCCUGCUCGCGUCCCCUCGUGCCACCUCUACCCGACUCCGUCAAGCAGAGGAUCGAACAGGCGAGCUGCGAGAUGAACGAGUGGGAGAGCGCGUGGUACUGGCGCGAGAUGAGGCGCAGGCCGGUCAUGAUCAGCACCGCGGUAGACGGACCAGCGCGCCGCCCCGGCCGCCGGCCCCGCCCCGCGCGAGCCCCGCCCCAGCCCACGCCCACUAUACGACCCACGCCCGCUAUGCUGCGAGUGGAGGAGUCGCCUUCCUCUGAGAGUUCCAGCGAGACGUCCGACUCCAGCGUGAGGCUGGAGGGCAGCUCGGGCAGUGAGCGCUCCUCGCACUCGGCCACCUCGCGCACGCGGCGUGCACCUGAUGCACGCGCACGGGCACGAGCGCGCGCACACGCACUCUGCACUGACAGUUCAUCAUCAUCUCAGUACUCAGACUGGGAGGCGGGGCCGGCGCUAGCUCCGCCCGCUCGCGCACGUCGCCGACCUCAACCCACCGCUAGGUACAGUCCCAGUACGACAACAACAAAACGCGUGGCUACCGCCGCUCAGAGCGGUCUCGCCAGCGGGGCGGGUAGCGGAGCGACGAGCGGGGCGGGUGGCGGUAGUGGGGGCGGUGCAGGUAGCGGUGGAGGUGAGCUGCCGGAGGCGUACCGCGUGGGCGAGUGGCUGACGGCGGUGUCGCCCCGCAAGGCGCCCUACCAGCCACAGAUGGGCGACCAUCUCAUGUACUUCAGACUGGGUCAUCAGAGGUACUUCGAGGCGGUGGCUGAGAAGGAUGUGUACAAGAUCAACUCCCGAGACAAACCUUGGGACAGGAUGCAUAUAUAUGAAUGUGAGUCUGUGAAGGUGAUAGGUAUGAAGUAUGUGAUAAAGCCCCCUCGCGUUGUCAGCCUGAGACUGGCGAGCUCUCUGCCGGGCGCGGCGGGGGGUGCAGGGGGUGCAGGGGGUGCGGGGGGUGCGCGCGGCGGUCGCACCUUCACAGUGCGGUACCACGACAUGCCCGAUGUGAUCGACUUCCUGGUCCUGAAGCAGCAGUACGAGGCAGCAGUAGAGAGGAGAUGGGGUCCGGGGGACAGGUUCAGAUGUAUGAUCGACGACUCCUGGUGGACGGGCAUCGUGCUGGAGCGCACGGGGGGCGCAGACUCGGAGGAGGAGGAGGUGGGCGUGGGCGUGGGCGCGGGCGUGGGCGCGGGCGAGGUGGGCGCGCGGCGCUGGGCUCGCGAGGCCGCCGCCCACUUCCUGUCGCUGCGCGUGCGCUGGGACAACGGGGAGGUGGAGCGCCUCUCGCCCUGGGACCUCGAGCCUCUCGACCCACAGAGAUUGCCGGCGGAGGCAGGUGGCGCAGUGCCAGUGCUGAGCUCAGAGCUGGCAGGUGCGCUGCGCAGAUCUGAGACACACGAGUGGGCCGCAGGCGCGUGUCGUCACAUCGCACGUCAUCUCGCCCUCGCCAUGUCACUCUCCGCGGCUGAACCCUUCGCAGCACCAGUGGACCUGCAGAGAUAUCCGACAUACGCCCGUCUCGUACCCUACCCUGUAGACCUCUCCACCAUUAGAGCGCGCUUCGAAAACCUGUAUUACAGACGAGCUGCGGCUGCGCAGUUCGAUGUGCGUUGUAUCGCGAGCAAUGCGGAGCGCUUCAACGAGCCUCAUUCACCAAUAGUGAGACAGGCGCGCCUCGUCACUGACCUUCUCCUGCACAUCAUCAGCAACUGGCGUAAUGUGGAUGUGGUGGCGAAAUACCAUGAGCUGGCUGCUGCAUACCAGUCCUCAGAUGAUGAGCCUCUCGCCGCCACACUUACAAAGAAGCGUGCAAGUAGUGGUGGUUCUCGCUGGGUGUCUGCAUGUACUGAGCUGCUCAAUGAGCUGAGUGCCUCCGCUGAUGCUGAGCCAUUCCGGCAACCUGUCAGUCCACAACAGGCACCAGACUACCAGCGUGUCGUGCGCACUCCCAUGGACCUGGGCACUGUGCGAGCUCGUCUCGUCUCCGGCAGCUACACCAGAGCUGAACACUUUGCCAGAGAUGUGCGUCUCGUCUUCUCCAACAGUCGUCUCUACAACACAAACAAGCGCAGUAGAAUCUACUCGAUGACAGUACGUCUGUCGUCACUGUUUGAGGCGUUGUGGACGCGCGUCAGUAUGGACUGCGGCCGCACGCGCAGCACGACGCGCGCACAGCACGCCGGCACGCGCUCGCGCAGUGCACGACGAACACGACGUGCUGCACGACACACGAGACGUGCUGCACGACUUGCACGUACAGAGAGUGUACGAGAUAAAUCUUCAGAGGAUGAGGUACAUGGUGUAGGACACAGCGCCAGCUCGGAGUCUGAGCCUCUAGCUGCCACGUCGCGCCGCGUGCAUGCGCAUGUACAUCAUUCUGACAACGACACUCCUCCACUCACAAAUCACAAAGGCAAAGGUGUUGGCAAGAAGAGUAAGACGCACAACUCAGAGCCCGCCCCCUCUACAAGCCACGCCCCCAUGUUAUUCUCCACAGAAGAAUCAGUGGCGAACGGCACGAUGUCUGACUCUGAGGGCGUGUCUGAUGUGGGCGAGGGCGAGGGCGUGGGCGCGGGGGCGGAGUCCGAGGACGAGGCGGGGUCGGGACGUGGCUCAGAGCGUUCACACAUCGAGGUGUUAGAAGAGGAGCUGGCAGACGAUGAGGUUGAACUUACAUAUGAACCGGCGCAGUUACACGUGAGUAUUGUGACAUCAGUGAUACGUAGGGCGCAACGCAAACGUGGACGCAGACGCAGUUCUGACAGCAGCACUGUCCGUCGCACACGUCGACCUCACAAACGUGUUCGUGAACGGUUCACGUCCGCGUCGUGCUCGUCGUCGGAGUCGUGCUCCGGCUCGGGCUCCGCUUCAGGCUCGGGCUCCGCAUCUGGCAGCUCGGGGUCGCGGCGCUCCGGUCGUCGUUACGAGUCUGAUCGCUCCUACAGGCCACGUUACUCUACUGAUGAUGAUGCACCGCUACUUCUAUACAGACAAAGACAGGAAGGUGAGGAUGUGGCUGGACCUUCACGACGAGGACACGCCAGGAGCGUGUCGCUGCGCACGCGCCGCAGUCCGCGGAGGUACAACGAGGACAGCGAGGAGGAUUCCAUAGCUGCUAUCAGCAAGCGCCUUCCGCAUCACCACCAUCACCAGCGACACCAGCACCAACUCGCCCGACGCAGGCAGAGACAUGCCACACAGGGCGCGAGCUCGACAGCAGCGCAUACGAGUGACCACAACUACUUCAACGGACAUGCGCACGCGCAUGCACACGACGCUCACAAUGGACACGGUGACGCGGGUGUGUCCGGGGGGUCCGGGUCUGCGGGCUCAGCAGGCUCUGGGGGUCCGGUGUCGAUAUCAUCGCGAGGUCGCGUGCGCAAGCUGACAGCCAAGGCACGUGGCCUGCUCGGCAACUGAAGCUUGGCCAACCUCUUCAGCUGGAGCCCCCUGCGAUAACAGCGACAGGGGGCUCCGCUGGAGCUGGGUAUCCGACCAGUGUGUGAAAACAUGUGACAGUGAUAGUGUUGUACUAGCAAAGGGAUCGUCGUAAACUGGAUGACUGAUGAAACUGGGUUCAGGGAAAUUGACCUUAAGUUGAAGUGUCACCAGUGAAUGAAGACAUGUGAUAGUGCUGCUGUAGUGUAAACAGAGGUGUCAAUAAAAAUUGGAUUUUGUGAAAAUGUUCUAUUAAUGUAGAUCUUGAGUUUGACCAGUGAAUGAAGAUACCCGAAUUUUGUAUAGUGUUGUGAUGUAAAAUUAUUAAAUUAUUAGUGUUGUGAAAAUAUUACAAUCGUUAGUAAUACAAUUUUCAUAAUUCUUGUGGACUGUUGACAGCAAAAAUCUUUCUUAGUUAGAAAGUAAUCGACAAACAU